AUGGCCCAUAUCAUCAAGCUAAAUGUCGGAGGCUCUCUUUUUCAAACUUCGAAAUCCACGCUCACAAAAUUCGACGGAUUCUUCAAAACGAUGUUGGAGACUGAAAUUCCGGUUGCCAAAGACGAGUCCGGAGCGAUUUUCAUCGAUCGCGACCCCAAACACUUCCGCGUGAUCCUCAAUUUCAUGAGAGACGGCGACGUGGCACUUCCAGAAGCUCCUGUAGACGUCACUGAAAUUCAGAAGGAAGCUGAGUACUAUUUGUUGGGUGGACUAGUGGAACUCUGUAAGCCGAAGCUAGAAGCUCAGAAAAUGCCAUAUUUUGCGGAGACUUAUGAGGAUAUGGCCAGAGCUGUUUCUACAACUAUCAUGAAAACUCAGCAAAAAUUAAGAGAUACUGAAAAAAGGAGCGGCGGGGGUUUUCAAAGAAUGAGUCGGAAACGGAUCCGUUACGGAUUCGCGUACGGUCCGUAUACGAUUCCUAUUUCAUCCGCGCGCGAAUGGCGGAGAAUCCGUAACGGAUUGUUCGCGAAUCACCUGUGUUUCCAACAAAAACAUUGA